AUGUCGUGUAAACUUAAAGUUACACAACAUGAUGAUGACUCCAAUGAUGAUGAUGAUGACUCCAAUGAUGAUGAUGACUCCAAUGAUGAUGAUGAUGAUGAUGAUGAUGAUGACUCCAAUGAUGAUGAUGAUGAUGAUGAUGACUCCUGGAUGAUGAUGAUGAUGAUGAUGAUGAUGAUGAUGAUGAUGAUGAUGAUGAUGAUGAUGAUCGAUAUGCAGUACUGUGAUUCUUCUAAAAUGUUCAUAGGAAAAUUGUAA